AUGGCUGCUACUCUGCUCGGGGAGGAGCCCCGGCUGGGCGGUGCUCCUCUGGCUCUGCUGGCCGCCACCUGCAGCAGGAUCGGUGAGCCCAGCCCGUCCUGCUCCCCGGCUCUCUCCGACGGUGUUCACGGAUACAUGAAGGGCUUUCACCCGUGGAAACGAGGCGCACAAAGCACCAACAACCUCGGGGCUUGCUUCAGCCCCCUCGGGGUUCCGUCCAGGAGUACCGGGACCGGCCUGGACAGCUCCAGCUCCAGCUCCAGUGCUUUCUCAGUGACCAACUCACCUUUUGGAAAUGACAUCUACCAGUCAGAAAACAACCCACCUGACCCUUCACACACCCAGAGGUCUGUGUUUCUGACCAAGUUCCCCUCCUCGGUGGAAGGCAUAGCAGGGAUUUAUCCGAGGAUGCACUCUCACCCCUACGACUCUUGGUUCAAGCCUGUGGGGGAUGUCAGCACCGGGUCGGCUGCUUGGUGGGACGUGGGGACCAGCUGGGUGGACGCACAGAACCAGUCCGGGUUACCCUCCACUCUGAGCGGCUACAGCUCCGACUACAGCUCGGCCUUCAGCUCAGGUGCGUCCCAACACCUGCACCCCGGCUCUCAGCACCUGUUUGACGGCUUCAGGCCACCUGUCCCUGCUCCUUAUGCAGAUCCUCCAACGACAGGACCCCCCGUGGUGUCUCUUCCAGCAUCGUCCCGGUCCUCCUCCAGGCGGUACUCCGGCAGGGCCACGUGUGACUGUCCGAACUGCCAGGAGGCGGAUAGCCUCGGACAAGGAGGCUCCAGUCCCCGGCGGAGAGGCCUCCACAGCUGCCACAUCCCGGGCUGUGGGAAGGUGUACGGUAAGACGUCUCACCUGAAGGCUCACCUGCGCUGGCACACCGGGGAGAGGCCGUUCGUCUGCAACUGGCUCUUCUGCGGGAAACGCUUCACUCGCUCCGACGAGCUCCAGAGGCAUUUACGCACUCACACCGGGGAGAAGAGGUUCGAGUGCCCGACGUGUCACAAGAGGUUUAUGCGUUCAGAUCACCUGAAUAAACAUGCGAGGACGCACAGUGCGGAGGGGUCGGAGGAUGGAGCCGAACCGGGACCCGGUAAGGUGGGCAGCGACACGGACAAUAGUGGCACCGGGAGCCCGAGCCAGUCUCCCGGUGGACAGGUGCGUCAGACUGUCCAGACCACCGAGGGACAGGUGGAAUAACUUACAAACAACUUACAAAUAACUUACAAAUAACU